UUCUUUUGUUAAAUUACAUUAAACCCCCUCAACUAUAUCUGGGUGAGAGAGCGCAGAACAGAACAUAGCCAUUGUCAAAUGACGGCUAUAUCCUCAGCUCGUCUCCUCGGUGCACCAUUCGCGUCGCAACUCAAAUCAUUAUCGACUCACUCAACAAUCAGGUCUUCUUCGGCUUCGACGUGCUUUUUCAGAGACCGAGUUAGGGUUAGGGUUUUGCCCGAUUUCGUCGGUGGGGUCCGCAUGGGUUCCACGCCGUCGGAAGCGACCGCUCCCGUACCUGCGGAGGACGUGGUGGUUCAGUACGUGGUCCUCCGUCGCGACCUGGUCGACGCGUGGCCGCUGGGGAGCGUGGUGACGCAGGGCUGCCAUGCCUCUGUGGCCGCCGUUUGGUCGCACAAGGACGAUCCUCACACUGUUGACUACUGUAGCCCCACGAAUAUUGACUCCAUGCACAAGGUUACUCUUGAAGUAAAGGGAGAAACCCAAUUAUCGAACUUAUCAGAGAAGCUCAGAGCUGGUGGCAUAGCUCAUAAACUGUGGAUUGAACAACCUGAGAACAUCCCAACUUGUCUUGCCACAAAGCCCUACCCUAAAUCCAUGGUAUCAUCAUUUUUCAAAAAGCUAAAACUCUGCAAGUGAUGGAUUUACAAUUGUUACUGCAGAUUAGUAAUGCAGAACAUUAAUUUCUUUCAAUUCAAAGUGAAGCUAUAUCCCAGAGUUACAUUUUCAACGAUGUAUGUUUCUUUCCCUUUGUGAGAAAGAAAUGUUUGCUUAUGGUGAAGAAAACAUGACUCCAUAUCAUUUUAGAGCCUAUGAAUUUAUUGCACCAGUGAAUUUCAAGAUGACAUCUGUGACUAAAUGUAACUUUUUGACUGCUGUAA